UUCAAAAAGAAAGUUUUCAAAGUGUUUAUACCUAAAUGCAAAUUGUGCAAAAGCGGCAUGAACUUUUGAAAAACGUGUUCGAUUUGUUUACUGUGGUUUAAAAACUGCCUAAGUACGUAAACAAUGGACAUUUGUCGCCUGGCUUCCGAGCAGCCUGACGAAAGUCUCAAGAUGGUAGAAAUUGAUUUUCAAGCCCUGUGUCGUAUAUGUGGCGCGCUCGGAGAAAAUUUGACCUCGGUUUUCGGAAAGCGAGCUGCUGAUCGGCUCCGGGAACGAAUCGGUAAAUAUCUGCAUAUUGAAAUACUCGCAGAGGACUGUUUACCAACAAAAGUAUGCGAUGGAUGUCGGGAAACGCUAGACCGAUUUCAUGACCUGUUUGAAAAGUGCCACCGGACGGACGAAAAGUUCCGAACGAUGAUGAGUACAGCCGAAGAGCUGAAGGACUUGGACGAUAAUACGAAGGUGGUUACCGAGGAGGAAGAAGAAGAAUUGGUGGAUGACGAACCAAGUAUGCCGGCCGUGAAAACUCCAAAAAAGUCGCAACGGAAUGAGAGUCAAAAUGAGGAUCUGGCUGAACUCACAGAAAAGAAAGGCAAACGGUUAACUCGCAGCUCUAAAGCGUUUACCUGCAGCUUCUGCAAAACGAAUGGUACGAUCAAAACUAACACGUUUGCCAACAAAACCAAUCUGGUAGAUCAUUUAAAGGAUCAACACUCCGAGCAGAUAUUCCACUGUGAACAGUGUGAUAACUAUUUGGAUAGGAAUGUCCUAAUUCAGCACAUGACCAUGCACGCGCUGAGCCUGUUUAGCCAGCCUGGGGCAUCUGAUUCUCAACCGGAAGAUGAGGACGACCAGGAACAGCAAACAUCCGGCGUAGACGUAGAGGAAGGCGAAGGUAGUCAGCAAACGGCGGAAGGUAAGUCUGGCGAGGGAACAGAAAUCGGUAACAAAGAAAAUGACGAAAAAUCUCCCCCACCACCGGAAGCGAAACCCGACGUCCGUAAACUGUACUGCUACAUUUGCGAAAAGACCCUAGCCAAUCGUAGCGCUUACUCUUAUCACAUCAACCAGGUUCAUUUGAACAUAAAAAAUUUCACCUGCACGUACUGCAACAAAAAAUUCGGAAACCAAAGGCUACUCAACAACCACGUCGCAGGAGUACACUCGAGGGAUCGAAAUUUUACGUGUUCCACCUGUUCGAAGCGGUUUAAAACGAACGUCGCGCUGUACAACCAUCAGCGUAUCCACGAUGAGAGCGAAGUCAAAUUUUCCUGCACAUUUUGCGACAAAAAAUUUCGCUACAGAAACCAUCUUACUAGUCAUCAGUUAGUUCACAUGAAUGAGCGAAAUUUUCCUUGCAAUCAGUGCGACAAGAAAUUCAAUAACCCGGAGAGUUUGCAAAAGCACAAACUUACCCAUGUCGAAACACUUCCCUAUCAGUGUCCGCUCUGUGGAUUUAGUACCAAACAGAAGAGGUAUUUGGUGAUGCAUGCAAAGCGAAUUCAUAUGGUCCGGUAAAAGGGGCCUCACCAGCAGCCAACAGCGAAGGGCGGCACAAAUUUCGCACAAUAUAGUAUUGAGAUUUCAUUCCCCAACAGUGUAGGUCUAAUUUCCAAAUCAAAACGAUGUUUGAAUCGAUGUACUAACCAAUUAUUAAACUAUUUAAAAUAAGUGGCUAUUCUAGAAUAUAGGCAACGUUUACGUACUCAAAAAUAAAUACAUUCAUAAACAUACACGAGUAGAACCUUUAGUGGUCAACCAGUUUUUUUUAUUGAUAGUGAAGGAAACUAAGUAAUCGCGCUACGUUUAAUGGCUACCGGUGUACCUGAAAAGCAUUAGCGGUUAGGAAAAAAUAGCAACACAGCAGAAGAUCAAAGCUUUCAUAGUGGAGCAACAGUUGAAAGCAACAAAUAUAAUACCGAACGUUUUGAAUUGUAUUGUAGAUAAAAUUCUACUCUGAACGAUUGUUUGUCUCGUUGAAUUAGUUGUUAGUUGUUUUCAAAGAAAGUAAAAAAAAGCAAACACAAUAAAUAGUCUUAUU